UUCGAGUGUUUGUUCUCUCGAGGAUCACUGUAGGUGUAACACGCACAGAACAGCAUGGCCGAUGAACCUCCAGUGAAGAAAAAUAAAACAAAUCAUCUCUCAAAUAAUAAGUUUAAUAUCACGUGUUUGCAGGGCGAAGAGAGAAUAAACUGGAGGAAAUGGAAAGAACAAAAGAAAGAAGAGAAGAGACAACGCAAAGAGAGCAAACUCAUCCAGCAGCUGGAGAAACAGCAGCAGAAGAAACGGGAGGAAAAUGAGCAGCAGGUUCAGCAGGAACAGCGGGAAAGUAAAGGUCGUUUGUAUACGUUGAGCGUGGCUCUGCCCGGUUCAGUGAUGGAUAAUGCUCAGUCACCAGAGCUUCGCACGUACCUGGCGGGUCAGAUCGCCCGGGCCUGCGCUGUGUUCUGCGUGGAUGAGGUGGUCAUAUUCGAUGAGCUGAGGGAGGACGUCAAGAGCGUUGAGGGAGACUUCAGAGGCAUUGGUAAGAAAGGCCAGGGCUGUGUCCAGCUCGCACGCGUCUUGCAAUACCUCGAGUGUCCACAGUAUCUGCGGAAAUCUUUCUUCCCGAAGCAUCAGGACCUGCAGUUUGCUGGUCUGUUGAAUCCUCUGGACAGCCCACAUCACAUGCGCAUCGAUGAGGAGGUGGAGUUUCGAGAGGGGGUGGUGCUCAAUCAGCCGAGCAAACCGGGGUUAGGGUCUUUCGUCAACUGCGGGAUGAGGAAGGAAGUUCAGAUCGAUAAACAGCUAAAAGCUGGACUGAGAGUGACUGUACAGCUCAACAAGAGCCAAAACAAAGAGGGCAAGGUGUAUAAAGGUGUUGUUGUGGCUCCUCACGUCCCGAGGACAGAGGGUGGGCUGUACUGGGGCUACAGCGUCCGUCUGGCUUCCUGUCUCAGUGCUGUGUUCACAGAGUGUCCGUAUAAAGAUGGAUAUGAUCUGACCAUCGGUACAUCAGAGAGAGGAAAAAACGUAGAUCACGUCACACUUCCUCCAUUCAAGCGUAUGCUGGUGGUGUUCGGAGGUCUUCAGGGUUUAGAAGCGAGUGUUGAUGCCGAUGAGAACCUGAACAUCACUGAUCCCAGCGUGCUCUUUGACCUUUACCUCAACACCUGUCGGGGGCAGGGCAGUCGCACCAUCCGCACCGAGGAGGCCAUAUUAAUCAGUUUAUCAGGACUCAGGCAGAAAAUCGCAGCUGUGUUUCCAGACCAAUUCAAAGGAUGACCACAGGAAGUACAUUUGCAGAACCACAGGAAGUACAGCUGUCAAGACCUAAACAAUGUACGUUAUUGUGAAUCAUUUUGUAUUGAAAUAUUAGUUUUGUCUCACUAAACUGUCAUGCAUAUCGUGUUUAUAACUAUAAACAAACAAAUCAUGAAACUCAA